UUUACGUAAUAGACCCCCUGUAUUCUUUGCCCGUGAGUGCCCGUGAGCAAUCUCCCAACUUAUCUCUGAUGGAGAGAUGUCAAUUUGAAGAAUGAUGGGUUACGUCUCCAUGAACUGUCAUUAUUGUCGUACUGAUAACUUAUUAAUUAAGAGUCUGUCGAAGUAAAACAUAAUAUUGUUGUCGAUUAAUAACGUGUCAAGAUGUCUGCUAUGUUAAUAGUAGAUUGGUUUCCUUUAGGACGUGACACGUAUUUCAGAAAAUUUGAGCUCUAUCCCGUCACUUUUCAACAAGAAGUGAACGCUAAUAGUUUGGUGGCAUCUGCACCUUACGGGGGUUCUAUUGCGAUUACACGUAACCCAAAGAAAUUUGAAAAAGUUCACGGGUCCAGUAAGCCCACCAUCUCUCUUUAUUCGGCAUCAGGAAAGUUAACAGCUAAGAUACAAUGGAGCAGUGGUCACUUGGUAUUGCUUGGAUGGUCACAUAAAGAAGAGCUACUAUGUGUGCAGGAUGAUGGCAUGGUUUUAAUCUACGAUAUGUUUGGCUGCUACCAACAUACAUUUAGCAUGGGAAAUGAAGUAAAAGAAACUAAGGUCGUUGAAGCAAGGUUUUUUCCAACGGAAACCGGGACAGGAGUUGCAGUUUUAACAAUGGCUAAUCGUAUCUUUUUAGUUAAUAACGUAGCAGAGCCUAAAGUAAGAGGAUUUCCAGAACUUCCAAAAAGUGGAGGACCGAUCAGUUGUUGGUGUGUAACAUGGCACGAAAGGGAAAGUCAAGUUAUUGUAUCGACUCAAGAAGGCAUUUAUGUUAUGCAUCACACUGAUCACAGUGCAUCUUUAUUGCCUUUUAAUGCUUUCUUUGACAACAAAGUAAAUUACAUCACUGCAAUGGCUGUCUCUAGAAACUCACAGUGCAUCGCGCUCUAUACAGAUUCUGGUUACUUGUAUUUUGGAAAUAUAACUUUAUCUGGGGAACAUCAGGAAUGUUUUGUUAACAGAGUGGAACCACCUACAGAGAUGGCAUGGUGUGGAAAAGAUGCAGUAGUUUGUGCUUGGAAUAGCACUAUUACAAUAGUAGGGCCUACUGGAGAAAUGGUAUCAUUUAGUUACGACAGCCCUGCACAUCUUAUACCAGAGAUUGAUGGUAUACGUAUUUUGUCCAAUACUCAUGACAUGAUACAAAAAGUACCAAAUGUGGUUCAAAGGAUAUUCAGAAUAAACUCAACGGAUGCUGCAUCCUACUUGUUAGAAGCUUCUAAGCAAUAUGAAAAAAAAAGCCAUAGAGCAGAUAGCUACAUUGAUUUAGUAAAAAAUCAACUGGAUUCUGCAGUGUACAGUUGCAUAAAUGCCGCUAGUCAUGAAUUUGAUUUUAAAACGCAGAAGCUUCUUAUGAGAGCAGCCAAGUUUGGGAAAGGAUUUAGCGAGAUAAUCAAUCCUGAUUCAUAUGUAAAAAUGUGCAGAACUUUAAGAGUUCUUAACGCUGUAAGGCACCCUGCCAUUGGAAUUCCACUAACAUAUACACAAUUGCAAGUACUUACACCUAAAGUUCUAUUGGAUCGACUUGUGGCAAGAAGGCAUUAUUAUCUCGGUAUUCAAAUUGCUCGAUAUCUUCAGUUACCUGAAAUAGAUGGGGAGAGCAGAAUAUUAGCUCAGUGGGCAUGCUAUAAAGUAAAACAAACUCAAUUAGAUAAGGAGCAAAUUGCUGAAGAGAUAGCAGAUAAAUUGGGCUAUGCUCCAGGUGUAUCCUACAGUGAAAUUGCAAUAACUGCAGCUGAUUGCGGUAGAAAACAACUAGCCAUUAAAUUAAUAGAUUAUGAACCAAGAGCACAACUUCAAGUUCCUCUAUUAUUGCGCCUUGAUGGAGAACGAGCCGCUCUUCACAAAGCUGUAGAAAGUGGAAAUACAGAUUUGGUAUACACUGUUAUUUUUCAUUUGAAGGAAAAUAAAUCUCUUGCAGAUUUCCAGAUGUCAAUAAUGCAUUGUCCUUUAGCUAUGGCAUUAUAUAUAAAAUAUUGUCAAUGUCACAAUCGUGACACCUUACACGACAUCUACAGCCAGUACGAUGACUUUCAUUCUCAAGCUUUAUGGUUUAUAAAAGAGAGUUAUCUGCCAAAGAAUUCUAUGGCAAGAGACGUGUUACUGCAAUCUGCACAAGAGAAUUUUAAAUUAGCUCGCAACGAUUCAAAAGCAUUGUUAACGGAAGAUCAAAUUAAACUGCUGAGGUAUCAACGAUCCUUAGAGGAAACAUUACAUGAAUCAGUUGUAGGCAAACCUCUUCAUGAUACAGUAAAACUGUUACUACUUCAAGAUAAGCUUAAAUUAGCAGAUAAACUUCGUUCCGAGUAUAAAAUACCAGACCGAAGAUAUUGGUGGCUAAGAAUUCAGUGUCUGGGUGAAAACGACUUGUGGACAGAACUAGAGAAAUUUUCGAAGAGUAAAAAGUCUCCAAUUGGUUAUGAGCCUUUCAUGGAUGAAUGUCUAAAGCGAGGCAAAGAAAUAGAAGCAAAGAAAUAUUUACCAAAGAUCAGGGAAGAACUGAAAAUAAAAUAUUUUCUUAAAUUGAGGAUGUUAAAAGAAGCAGCACAAACAGCUGUAGAACAAAAAGAUGCAACUGCUCUCUCAAUUGUACAGGCUCAUUGUGGCCCAUCUGAUCGGCAACUAGCAGAUACGAUUAAUACAAUGAUGGCUGGGCUUCGUCAUGGAAAAUGAGGUUUCUUCUAUCAUAAAGAAUCUUGCUUUAAUCCUGAAGAUCAUUCCAAUUCCAUUCUACAGCAAUAUUAUAAGACUACUGCAAAUAUGUAAUGAAGUGCAUUACCAUUAAGUAUACACACAUUUAAGGUAUUGAUUACAUAAAAAUGAUAUGAAACAUAUAUUAAGAAAACGAAAGUAAGAGUUUCAUAAUGCAUCAUUUAAGUUAUUUCAAAAGUAAAUGCGUGCACAAGGUGAUAUGUAUAUGAUUAUAAUUAUAAAUGAGAUUAAAAAUGACUAUACGGCAGAGGAAGAAUCAUUAGAAUUUAUAAAAUCUGUAUAUUAUUGUAUAGAAAGUAUUGCACAUAGAUACAAUUUAUACCUAUAAAAUAUAAUUGAAUAACAAUGUGUUCUAGGAA